UUACAUAAUUUUUCUAUAAGUUUUAUAUUGUCAAAAUCAAAAAGGAGAAGAUCAAGAAGUCCAAGGAGUUCCGAUAAAGAAAAUGAAAGACUGAAGCGGAAAUUACGAAAGAUUGAGGAAAAACUAGAGAAGUUGUCGCAGGUAACCCAACCUACAAUGCCUCCAGCUGCCAACCAAAAUGAUGCUAAUGCCAUCAAUAUUAAUAACUCUACUUCAGCUGAUAAUAACGUGAAUAAUGAUCCGAUCAUACCAUUAGAUCUAUCAGCUAAGGUUGACAACUCAGAACCAGGCGAAAAACAACCCCCUCCGGUUGUAACUAUUUCUGACACUAAUCCAAGCAAUACAUCCACGCUUGAAAAACAAGCGGAGGAGACCGUGGAGUUAGACGAUGAAAUAAUGCAGAUAAUUGGGAAAGACCCGGAGGUGAAGAAAGAGGAGCUAAGUCUAUCUUCACAUACAUCUUCUCGCUGGAACGUCUGGCUCAAGUCGGGCCAGUCUAAGGAGACUAAAGAGGCAUUAUUGAAGAAACAUCCCCGCACAGGUGUUUGUCGUUUAGAGGCUCCAAUACUCAAUCCGGAGAUUGCUUCUUCACUGAAUGAGGCGGCACUAAGGAGAGACAAAUACCUUAGCACCACUCAAAAUCUAGCCGGCUCAGCUCUCUCAGCUAUAGGAAAGGUUAUUGACCCCCUCUUAAACUCCAAACAGGAGUUAAAUCGCAAAAAGAUGUUAGAGGACCUCUGGGAGGCCUCACAACUGCUGACAGAGCUACACCGAGGUCAGACAGUAGCUAGGAGAAGUUGCAUCAUACCUAGUCUUAAUAAACAAGUAGCUGAACUACUAGAAAAAACUGAAGCUGACUCACUGCUAUUUGGUGACAAGCUGAACGAAAAAAUCAAGGAAGCCAAGUCAAUGGAAAAGAUUGGCCAGGAAAUUAAGAGUCAAGCUUCGACUAAAAAAUCACCGUUGUCUUUAAACUCCAAGAGCUCGACUGCAUCGAGGGUGGCAACGCAGUCGAGCUACAAGCCGAAAUACCAGCAGAAAUCACAUUACCGACCCACUCAGAGAGCAAAUCAGACGAAGGCAUCGCGUCACCAGGGCAACCAACAGAGUUUCAAAUCCCACAAGGGGAAAUAA